UAUGCGCACUCUGCAAUGGCUGCCUUCGUCAUUUUGAUAGCGUAAUAAGGUCAAUUCGUUUAUAGAAUCUAAUUAAGACAUUUCUUAGUUUAAAAGCGCGCAGAAAUGGUUGCGGACGCAAUAAGAACUACAUAUUCGUAGGCGCAUAAUACAUGAAUGCAAUGCCGAUGCUUGGAGGACGUGUAAAACGCAUAAAAAACUAGAGAGAAACGUGGAAAUGGCGUUUGUACAGCUUUGUUGGCUGUUAAUAUUAAUCUGCGGCUGGCACAAAGCAUCAGCAGUAGUAAUAGCAGAGGGCGUCUUUAACUUCACCUGUUUUACAGAAGAAAUGAGAUUCUGGUUCAAACCGAACGACUACGCGGCCUUCAGAGCGCGCUAUCCCUCCAGUAAGAUAUAUGCACAAGGCCAUGGGAAUGACACGAAUUGUGUGGGGCAAUUUAAUGACACCAUGGAAUGGAACUUGAUCAGAAUUCCCCUUGCCAAAGACAACUCCGGAUGUGGCGUCACGCACAAGAAGAUGGAGUGUGACAUGUACAAUGCAACUUUUGUUCUACGCCAUACAGAGCAGAUUAUCCAGCUCCGGGAUUAUCUCAUCCUCGUGGUGAAUUGUAAGCCAUGCCAGACGGUUUCCAAUGGAAGUCCAAUUAUCGUCCAACAGCCCACAUCACCGCCGGACAGUGAAGCUUCGAGCACAUGUACUUUGAAUUUAUUGACAAUUGUGUCUUGGAUAGGCACGUGGCUUUUGUUUUCCUGAAACCUCGCGUUCAAAAGAUGACACUUAGACAAUCUUUCGCCUUUAUAUCUGACCUUAUUAUGAGCCACACCUGUUGAACAUUAUCAAAACAGUACAGGUCAUAUAUUAAUUUAAUAUUUUUGUCUCAGUUACAAAAUAAUGCUGUUUCAGUUCUGUCAUUAAAAACAAUUCGUGAUAUUUGUAAAAAAAAAAAACUGCUUGACCAAAUGGUUUGUGGGAAGAGUCAGAGGCAAAUGGAACCAUCUGAGCAUGCAGACUGCCAAAAUGAAUUUGCCUGUUUCGUAUAGAUGUUUCAUAAAACAUCAAGGCAUAUAGUAAGGAAGUAACUCGUUCUGAGACUUGUAGUGUCAUGUAUAAUUGUUUGUUGAAAAGAUAUGCAUGACACACCUUUUCGGUAACAUUUGAACAUUUUUUCAUUUAUUAAAAAAAGACAGCACUGACGCUACAGUAUACAGGUACAUGCGUACUAUAAUGCAGUUUUUAAACGGGAUUUUAAAUGAACGCUUACUCGUUUUCCUAUUACUGUGUUAA